AUGCGACGCAGAUUGCACGGAGAAGAGCCUUGGGAUGCUGGGAACAUCUGGGCCAUAGGCCGUGAGGAGUGUUGGAUGUUCCUCGCGCCUGAAAAGAAACAGCGGAUGAGAAUGCCGGUCCUUGAUUUGGAAGGCUAUAUGGAACCUUCAGACUUCUGCACGCAUCAUCUGAGUUUCGACGCUUUCAAGUUUCUCUGUAACUCAAUGGAAGGUGUCAAGAUCGACUCGGACGAAGGGACAAUUUUACAAUCGACCCAAUCGACGUUGCAGCAUUUACAGGGCCAAACCCACGUAGAGACGCUUCCCGCCGAGCUUCUGGCAGCAAUAUUUGAACUCCUCAAAGUAGAAGAGUUUAUGGCUUUGGCCUUGUGCUCGCAAACGCUCUGGUCUCAUGCCAUCAGGUGGGUAAAAGGUGGUUACAUCCGGUGGAAGAACAAAUAUUCCUGGGUCAACACUUCAAUAAUUUGCACUGUCGGGAGACUUCGCGUACUUCCCAAAGCGUUGCAACACAUAUUACCAAAAGCAACCCCUGAUGAUGAAGAGAGGGAAUCCGAGCAGACUGGCCAACUAUAUAACCUAGAGACAACUCGUGCAUCGAUCUGGUUCGAAGAAUCUGUGGAAAAUUACGAGAGUGUACCAUUCCCCUACGACUAUUCAUACGAAGAGGCAUUCCUCAGGCAGCUUGAAGGGGCUGUUAUCCCAGAAAGCCUCCACUUACCCAUGAAGGCCUGUUUGCCAACUCUUAACCUUGAACCUGGAAGCAAUUGGUUUUUGCGCAACCUGACCGAUCAAGAGUACAUAAGAAUGGAAGCUGUAGUCACCCCUGAUGACGAAGCCACUAUUUCGCUGCCAGGCCGUAAGUGGCUCACACUGGAUAUUCUUCUCCUAUGGGUCAUCAGUUGGAAAGCAGACUACAGAAAGAACAGAAAGACGACUUGGUCUUGGGAGCAGCUCGAAACCUUUGAAGGUUUCACUGAUCGAGAUCUCUCAGAUGCGUGCCAAGGCCCAGGCUACGGACCAAUGUGUUCCGACUUUUGGCCAAUCUGGGUCGGCCCUUGGGCUGGCCACAGACUAGACGUUAUUACCGAGGAAAGGUUGGAUAAUGGCUGGAAGGAUCGGACUGAGAACAUCACGAGAUUAGCCCCCCAAAUGCUGCGUGUAUUCUAUGGGCGUUCUCUUGCGAUGAAGAACGAACAUCAAGAGUACUGGGAAGAGGCUUUUAGGCAAGAUGGUGACCAAUGGAAGUUCAGGGAGUCAUGUCCACUUCCAUGGGAGGACUUUGACCUAGACUGGGACAAGCCAAAACAGAGAUUGUCUCGGAUCACGUGA